GCUACAAGCACAAAACUGCACCAAUCUCUUUCAUCUCUUUGCUUUGCUACCCGCAUCAGGAGCUCAAACUGACCUCCGUUAUGUGGCAUUUUACGAAUCGGAACAAGGCUGUCGUCCUCGCAUUGCUCCGCGUCCGUCCUCGGUUGCAGCUUGAGUUCUUGGCGAUCUCAUAAGAGGAUUAGAGAGGAAACACGUGAUCUCGAGAGUUUCACGCCGUGCAAAAACUAAGUUAACAGCCCAGGGCGCGGUCCUAUUGAGUUGUCAAUGGGAAACAACCCAACACAGGAACUGGCAACUGAUGACACCAAGGUCGACGACAAAGCACCGUCGACAAAACCAGUACCUCCGUCCACGUCCGCUGUGAACACCAAGACCAAGGCAGACGCGGAGAGAGAGCAGCUGUUCGAUGAUGGAUCAAGCGAUGUUCACACGCCGAGGAAGAAAAGCACCCAGGAGAUCCUCACCAAGUACAAAUUCAAAGGGGACGCCGCCGCCGCCGCGGCGCACACCAAACAGAAGCUCAUGGAGCGGCAGGAGAAACUCGCGAGAAUCACGGAGCAAUCCGCGGAGCUGGAGAGCGAGGCCGAGAACUUCGCCACCCUCGCCCAGCAGAUCAGGAUAAACAUGGAGAAGAAAUGGUGGAAGUGAUGACGAUCCCACGGCCGGCGCGGCUGUGUGCCUGUGGAUGUGCGCGCUGCUGCCUGUACUGUAGCUUCACGCAGCGCCUCGACGUCGACGGAGCGGGGCUCGCCGGCUCGGUGCUACGCCGCCGCGACGUUGGGUCGCCGGCACGUGGGCCCGCGAGCUGCGUGUCCCGCACCAGCGACUCAUCGGCGUCGCGGCAACGCAUCCGAGUCCGCGACGACGGUCUGCUUGGCUGCGUGAGGGAGUAGGUAAGUCAUGAACAGCCAGCGGGACGCCACGUAUCAUCUGUAACUCGCCCGUCGGCUUCAUCGCUCCUCCCUGCAUAAUCACGAUCAUUCUGACUUGCGAGCAGCAGCGUCGCCA